AUGUCUCUCCAGACGUUCAUCCUCACCAAGCAUCCGAUACCUUUCUUUGUGGGGGCUGAGUCUCUGCUGGCCUGGCUGGCGUUGGGUCCUUCGCCUAGUCUUGUUCCUUUGAUUCUCUUACUGUCUGUUGCACGCGUUCAUGCACAACGCAUCAUCUAUCGACCAUCACGAGGCCUAGAGGCUUUUCUCUCCUGGCUAUUCGUAUCAAUCGCUGCGUCUCUCUCUUAUCGCUCAUCAGCGUCGAAUGCAUUGCCAAGUCAUACAGCAGCGUUCUUCGCUCUGCUAUUCAUAUCAGGUAUACCAUCGUUAUGCGCCAUGUUCGCCAUCUCUGUUGACGUGCUCCUGGCUGGCCGCGUCAGAGCGCCUUGGGCCCGGAUGACGCUGUUUCCAACUAUAUGGGCACUGGUAUGGAGCGUUGCUUCUCAUACAUUUCCAUUGGGGAGACUCCUCUCCUGGAGUCCUGCCUCGAGUUCGCACCCGUACACUUGGAUGCUUGGGUAUACAGGUCCUGCAGGUAUUGACUGGAUAGUCGGCGCAUGGGCUGUCUUGGGCUCAGAAUUAGCUGGGAGAUGGUUGAUGGGCCGAGAAAGUCUUGAUGACUUGUCUUCUCAAUCACUUAUACACCAUCCCGACCCGGACGCCACAUACUCUGAGACUGCAGAAACGUCCACUGCUCCAGCAUCUCGCAAGUUCUUGCCUCUCGGGGCAUUUCUGUUUGCGUUCUCACUCCCAUCCAUUUUCGCCGAAUUACCUCGCCGUCCCUACGACUCCUCAUCAACCCCACUCAUGGUGGGUUGUGUCCUUCCAACUCCAACGGUAGGCAAACAUCUAUCGCUCGACGAUUACAUCUCAACAUCUGCCACAAUGACUGAAGCAAAGGUUUUGCUGUGGCCAGAGACCGCUGUCAUGUUUAACAGUCCAGAGGAGAGGGAGCUGGCGUUUGAGAAAAUUCGCAAGGUUCCAGGACCACUCAUUGGAGUUCCAUUUGAGGAAUAUGUGCCAGAUUCAGACGACACGCCGGAUAGCCCGAAUCGCAGGACAGGCUCUAAACGUAAUGGCUUGGCCCUUAUCAGUUCUUCCCAGAAACCAGGAGACGAAAUAGUGCAAUAUUACAAACGCAACCUCGUUCCAAUUGCAGAGUCUUUCUCAAUGACCCCUUCGGUUGACCCGCCCACCAUAUACAAUUUGAACCUCACUCAUCCGAAAGGCAUUACUGCACCAAGCUGGUCUCCGCUACCGGACCACAUACGUCCCAUCCCUAUCACCACCUCCAUCUGCUUCGACUUUGCCUCGCCCACAGCAUUCUCAGACCUCCCAUCCCGCCCUGCUCUAAUCCUCGCCCCCGCUCGCACCUGGGACACAGCCGUCAGUCUCGCCAUGUGGGAACAAGCGAAGACACGUGCGGCAGAGUCGGGGAGCAUGGUGCUGUGGUGUGACGGGGGUGCGGGUGGCGUGAGUGGGAUUGGAGGACAGGGUAUAGGUGAGAUUAUGCAGGUGGGGGCUGGGUCGUGGAAGAGGUAUGUGGGGGUGCAGUGGCCUUUUGAUGAGCGGAAGACGGUGUAUGCGGCUGUUGGGGAAAGUGAGGUGUUGGCGUUCUUGGUCUUGCUCAUGGGAUCGGGCUCGGUGGGAUCUGAGUUGUUGACUCGAGCGAAUAAUGGAAACCGCAUCUUGGUGUCUCUAGGUCAGGCUAUCAUGGCAGCUAUACCGGCCGUGAGCUCUAUGCUUCGUAGAAACCGAAAAGAGCCUCCGAACCUGAUUGACAUUGAAGACGAAGGCGAAAGGCGGCCAUUGUUGAACUGAUUUUUUUUAUAGUGCAGCUUUCUAAAAGUGUAUCAUCUUUCUUUCUUUUCUUUUUUUGGUGCGUUCCUAUUACUAGUCAUUUUUGCAUCGUUGCGACUUGUGUACUUGUAUUCAUGCUGUAUUUUCCUCAAUUCAAGGCUCUGCUACUGAACACUUGGGACGCUAGCUAGACUAGAUAUCGUUCAAUUAAAAAACAACAUUUUGGAGGUGUCAAAGAGACUACUCCACCAUGG